AUGGCAGACUGGACGGGGCUCCACGAGGACCUCGUCAUCGUGCACCUCCCGUCCUUGGACCUCCUCCGCUGGCGCGCCAUCCGCGCCUCCAGGCGCACCGCCGCCGCCACCUUUAUCGCCUGCUGCAGCCCGACCGCCCCUGGCUGCUACUUCCCACAAGGGCCAAAUUCAGAUUCAAACAUGGGGUCAGGAGCUGGGCUUUUUGAGGGAUUAAGUGGCUGUUGCUGCUCAUCUCUCAUUGCUUCAGGAGGCAGUACAAAUUUUAUCAUAAUCGCUAUCCUAACAGUAGCUUUGAAGGGAGCAUCGCAUUUCCGUCAGAUUGUGCUGACAGUCCUUGUCAUAGUCUGGGCCCUUCGCUUAGGACUGUUUUUAUUGAUGAGGAUUAUACAAUGGGGGUGGGACGACUAUCGGUUUGAUGAAAUGCGCUAUAAUUUGGGAAAAUUAGCAGUUUUCUGGAUUUUGCAGGCUGUGUGGGUUUGGUCUGUCAGCUUGCCCCUCACUGUUGUGAAUGCAAGUGGCAGAAACCCCUCGAUUGAAGCCAGGGAUAUAAUUGGUUGGAUAAUGUGGUUGGUUGGGAUAUGCAUAGAAGCAACAGCUGAUCAGCAGAAGCUUUUGUUCAAGAAUUCUUCAAGUAAUAGGGGAAAGUGGUGUGACGUGGGACUUUGGAAGUAUUCUCGCCACCCGAAUUACUUUGGGGAGUUAUUCCUUUGGUGGGGAGUAUUUGUAGCAUCAACCCCAAUUCUCUCAGGGGCUGAAUGGCUUGUGAUUUUGGGACCUAUAUUCCUGACACUUCUACUUCUUUUUGUCACUGGAAUCCCACUCCUUGAGUUAAGCAUGUAUUUUUUUCUGACUUCAAAUGACACAGCUGGUGAUUGCAAAAUGCUAAAGCAUAACAUCCUCCAUAUUGCUAUUGUAAAGUCAUCUGCUGAUAAGCGCUAUGGACGAUCGGAGCAAUACCGUGUAUACAAGAACAAUACUAGGUAG